AUGCGCGGGGAGAGCUCCCCAUUUCCAUCCCUCUGCCCUCCUCACACCCGCAUUGCCGUUCACUUGUUGCUACGUUGUGCUACGUCGAGCAGUGAGACUGGCGCCCCCCUUCCCCCCGCCCCACCGGCCACCACUUCUCCGCGUUUCAGUUCUUUGUGCGCCGCCGAGGCUUUAGCACGUGCCACAAAAAGUGUGAGUGCAAGUGAUGUGGUGGAAGCCAGUGAGGAAAAGUGCUUAACGCCCGUGGAAUUAAAAGAAAGUGAAGUUAAGAGUGAAGUGAGUGUGGGCGCGGAUGUUGCCAGCGCCGUGGCCUCCGAGGAGGACGAUUGUGUGAUAGUGAGCGCGCGAGAUGCGGACGAUCGGUCCGACUCGGGCGUGAGUGGUGUGCGUUCGGGCGGCUCGGCCAGUUCCGUGGAGGAGUGGCGAGGGAUGGCCCAUGGCUAUGGAGGUGGUCCGCCACCGCCCCUGCUGCAUCUGCCGCCACCGCCGCCCUCGCUCUACGCGGGCGAGAUGCUGUGGAAGCAGCGCUACCAGCCACCGCUGCAUGCGCCGUUGCAUCAUGCCAUCGCGGACGACUACCUUGCGGCCGCCAACUUCGAUAGAGAGAGACAUGAAAGACUGUUACGGGAAAGAAGGGAUCAGGAGCAAAGAGAGCAUGAUAAGCAACAAAAAGAAAAGGAAAGAGAACGGAUAGAGAGGGAAAGAGAACGUGAGAGGGAGAAACAGGAAAGAGAGGAGAAGGAAAGGAGAGAACAGGAAAAUGCGGCAUCAAAAUUAGUGUCGAGGCAUUUUGAGGAAUCUCUGAGGCUAGCGAAUCAAAAGCGGGAGCGGAAUAUGUCCUGGUCGCUUCUCAAUAAUAUAGCGCCCAACAGAGGAGGCUCAGGCCCUGAACAUGAGAGGCUCCGAGCGCAAGAACGCGCCUACUACUCGCCUCCGGCGCAUCCCCCCGAUCGGCUCUCGCAAACCGAAUACACCCAACACAAUCCUCACGCUCCACACUCCCCCCAUUCCCAACACACACCUAGACACACCCUCUCCAAAUCGGACAAACAACCCCCGCUUCAGGGCCUUCCGAAAAGCGAACCAAAUUUCGCGUCCUACAAUUACCCCCUAUACCGGUACGAUAAGCUCAAAGAUCAACAUCUACCAGCUCCACCUCCCCUUGUCCCUGAAAAAAAUUCUGUGAUAGUCAAACAUGACGCUAAACAGAUCCAUUUGGAACAGAAGCAUCCAUAUCCCAGCAAACCGAGAAGCGAGCCGUCUCCGCACUACCUCUCCCGGCCGUAUCGGACAGGUUUAUCGCCUCACGCGCCACCACAUCCGCAUCCCGCGUUACAAACGCAACCUCAUGCGGCUCUUCCUGCCCAAGACAAGAACCGUCGGUUAUAUCAACCGCAGCCACCCCAAAGAUCCCCCGCGGGAUAUUACCAAACGGCGCCUCCAGUCAAACCAAAAGUAUCGAGUCCAGCGCCACCUCACAUCUAUGGAAAACCGAGCAAUUCUCCCAGCCCUGCACAUUUCGGUAUUGCAGUGGAACCACCGCUUCAAUUAUCAAAGGCUGAGCUCCCACCGGUACCGUAUCCUCCGCCGUCAGCGUAUUCGCCGGCGCUUCGAACGAGACCACCCCGGUAG